CAGAGGCAGACCCCGUGCUCUUCGUCCACAGCCAUGGAGCCUCUUGCAGAGGUGCCCUUAUUUGAGAUGGACCAGGAAGAGGAAGAGGAAGAGGAUGUUCUCUCAAUGAAGAGCAGAGGUGGCUGUACAUAUGCAACACAUGCUCUAGCUCCCCCUGCAGGCGCAGACCCUGAUGCGUUCAUAUACAUGAACUUCAUGAAGAGUCACUGCUGCUACGAUGCCAUUCCUACCAGCUCCAAACUGGUCAUUUUUGACACAACGCUACAGGUGAAGAAGGCUUUCUUUGCCCUGGUGGCUAAUGGUGUGAGGGCAGCGCCACUGUGGGACAACAAGCUGAAGUGUUUUGUGGGUAUGCUGACCAUCACUGACUUCAUCAACAUUCUCCAUCGUUAUUACAAGUCUCCUCUGGUUCAGAUCUAUGAGCUGGAAGAACACAAGAUAGAGACAUGGAGAGAGAUUUAUCUACACUCCAUCAACAGACUGAUCAGCAUCACUCCUGACUGCAGCCUGUUUGAUGCCAUCUACUCCUUGUUGAAGAAUAAGAUACACCGGCUGCCGGUCAUCGACCCGGCAUCAGGAAACGUCCUCCACAUCCUCACGCACAAACGCAUCCUCAAGUUCCUCCACAUCUUUGGCUCUAUGAUUCCUAAACCCAGGUUUCUUCAAAAGCGGAUCAGUGAGGUGGCGAUCGGUACCUUCAAACAGAUCGCGACGGUCCAGGAAUCAGCCUCAGUCUAUGACGCACUGAGCAUCUUCGUAGAGAGAAGAGUGUCCGCCCUGCCUGUAGUCAAUGAGCAAGGUAAAGUGGUGGCUCUGUACUCCAGGUUUGAUGUCAUUAACCUCGCAGCCCAGAAAAACUACAACAACCUGAACAUGACGAUGCAGGAGGCCAUUACCUCGAGAGCCUGCUGCGUGGAGGGAGUCCUCAAGUGUUACCCGCACGAGACACUGGAGACCAUCAUCGACCGCAUUGCAAAGGCUGAGGUGCAUCGUCUGGUGUUGGUUGACAGUGACGAUGUGGUGAGAGGGAUUGUUUCUCUAUCUGACCUUCUACAAGCCCUGGUUCUCACUCCUGCAGAUAUUUACGAGCGAUCAUGCUGUCAAGACUGAAGAAAACAAGAUGGAGACUGAUCACGUAAAACAUGACUGAGGUGGCGAGGUUGGUGAGAGGUUAGCGGAGCGGGAUUGUGGCCCCAGAACACAAACAAGAAGAGUGAAAGUGAAAAUGGCAACAUUUAAUGAGCACCAACUACGUGCCCUUGAGCAAGGCGUUUUAUUCACAAGUGAUGCUGCUCAGUGGUCCCCAGCAGGCGGGCGUGUUAGUGCUGGG